CCUCCAGAUGUGGAUGAGUUCCAGCUCUUCCAGUCCAUUCCCCAGACCCGGCUUUGCCUCCAUGAGUGCCUCAACCUCCCCGGCUCCUACCACUGCCUCUGCCCACCUGGUUACCUCCUCCAUUCUGACUGCAGUGCCUGUGAGGAUGUGAAUGAGUGCACCAGGAAGCAGCACAACUGCACUCAGGGCAACGUCUGCAUCAACACCUUUGGGGGCCACCGCUGUGUGCACCCCAAGUGCCCCCUGCCAUGCCACAACACCAGCUACGUCAAGACCUCUGCCUUUGCCUGGAACCCAUGCCCCAUAGGGAGCCGAGCCUGCCGCCUGGUCCCUACCUCCAUCUCCUUCCACUACCUGCCGCUCCGGGCCAACCACACUGUGCCCCACGUGCUCUUCAAGGUGACCACCACCCGCUUCGGGGGUGACAGCCUGCACUGCAUCACUGGUGGCCAGGGCUGGGGUGUCUUUGCUGUGAGGCGCUCCGGCAUCCAGAGAUGCAUGCAGGGCACAUGA